GUGAAAGUGAAAGUUAAUGCGUUGUUGCACAGUCACUCUGAAGAACAGUCGAGGUUUACCAUCCAGACUACUCAGGGGUAGGCAACUCAAUUGAGCCUGGAGUGUGUGACUUUUUAAUCUUCUGAAGCCUCCCCCUCUUGCAACCAGAUACCAUGGCUGACAACCCUGAUGACCGGUCACAGAUGGAUCAGUCACAGUCAAAGAAUACUGCAGCAGAAGAUUUACAGCCCUGUAUGAGUUCUGAAAAUACAACAAAACAAAGAAAGAUAGCACAUGUACUGUCAGGGAGCAAGUACUUCAUUCUUCAAACUGGAAAAACAUUGAAUUCUCAUGAACAAUUCAUAAUUCAGCUCAAAAAUAAAAUACCCAGGCUGCAGAAGGUGGAUACAGAGAAAGAGUGUGAUUUCAUUCUGGUUUUCUGCCCUGUUGUUUCACGAGCUGGAACUGACAUUGAAGAAGCCAUGAAAAAGCUUUAUGCUACUUCAGCCACAAAACCUGCAGUUCUGGUGGUGCUCCAUCACACGUUUAAUCCAGAGCUUAUUGUACCAGACAGCAGCAGAGCUGUAAACAGAGAGAAUGUGAUCACAGUUGACUGUCUGUUCCAUGAAGAUCAGGGAUUACUGCCAUGCAAGAAAAAUUACGAUGUAAUUAACCACAUUGAAAUGCAGAUGAAACCACAGAUUCUAAACACAGGCGUGGACUGGCGAGGAUUGUUGGGUAUAAAGAAUAGUAAUGAACAAGGAUGUUCCUCACAGAUGCAAAAAAAAGGCAUGAAGGAUACAGGAACGGUAAACAGGAAAGGAUUGAUCCACAGAGAGAAUAGUAAUGAACAAGGAUCUUCCUCACAGCUAUGUGCCAAUCAGAAGAUACCUGAAUAUGAACAGGCUUUUGAAAUACUUGACAAGGAGAUUAAACAACUGGAAAUGUUUGAAAAAGAAGAACUUGGAAAGGAGCUAAAAUCACUUAUGACUACAGAUUUUUCUGAGUUAAUUUUUGCAACUGAACUGAGGCUGGUGCUGCUGGGGAGGAGUGGAUCUGGCAAGACUGCAGCACAAAACACCAUCCUGGGCAGAGAGGAGAGGAACCAGGCUGCUACAUCUGAAGCCACAUCUACAGCCACAUCUACAGCCACCCAGCAGAGUGAGACCACACAGGGGGAGGUAGCUGGGAGGAAGGUGAUUGUGGUGGACACUCCUGACUGGUUCACUUCUGGACUCUUUCUGGAAAAGCUGAGACAGGAUGAGGGACUCCGUGUCCAUCUGUCUGCUCCAGGACCCCUUGUCUUUCUCCUGGUCAUUCCCAUAAAGCAUUCACAAGACACAGAAGUUUAUAAAGAAGAGGUAUUAGAAGAGACACUAUUGAAGAUGGCAGAGAUUUUUGGGAAGAGAUUUUGGGGAAACAUCAUGAUCCUCUUCACUGUUACUGAGGACCUUCAGAACAUUGCAGAGUUUAUCCAAUCAGGAGACCAGGAGGUCCAGAGACUUGUACAGAAAUGUGGGAACAGGUUUCACUGUCUCAACAUUAAGGAGAGGGGAGAUGAUUCUCAGGUCUCAGAGCUGCUAGAGAAAAUAGAGAAGAUGGUGGAAGGAAACAGAAAUGGAACUGAGGUUUAUCAGAUUAUUAGAGAUAUGGAGAGGGAAAGACACAGUAAAGAUGCCUGGAUUAGAGAAGUGCAACAUCAAAUGCAGGAAACCCUAGAAAAAUAUGAGCAGUAUAUUAAGGCCUAUGAACAUGAUGAAAAAGACCUAGGGACAGAUGGAAAUAAUGCAAAAAUGAUUAGUAAGCUGAAAAGGAAAUAUGAGUUAAAAAGAGAUAUUGGGAAUGAUAUAAAGAAAAUGUAUGACAGAGUUGCGGGGCUGGAAGAAAACAGACAGUUUAUUAAGGUCCUUUUGCCAGAAAACCAGCAACCUAUAUGGCUUUCACUACCAGGUGAGCAGCCCAAAAAUCCUGAAAAGCACAAAGAGCUAACCCAACUUGAAGAAUGGUUCUCAGUGCAAGUGGAAAAACUUCAUUCUAAUAAAAAAACAAACAAACAAAUUGUGAAGAAUGAAGAUGAUUUCUGUUGAGUUGAGAUACUGGCAAAGGCCUGGAGGAGAGGUCAUGAAUAUCCAAUUAAUGUUACAUGUACAUGUUGCAAAGGAAGUGAAAGUAAUCAAAUAUUCACUAGACUCAGUUCUAUUAUUUAAAAUAAGGAUUGAUGUCAUAUGUGUGCAUAUAUGAAAAAAUAUACAGUCUAUUAAAAAAUCAAUAUGUUUAUCAAUUUUAUGUAUUCAUUAAAUGAAAAUAAAAUUCUUUAAUUGAUUUCUUUAUACACAAAUGUAUUGACGAGACACGUAUUUUAUUUCAAAAAACAAAAUGAAACCUUUUGCAUGACUUGCCACAGUGCCCUACGAUGUCAUAAGCAUUACAAAUAAAUUCAAAUCAGUGUAUCACCAUA